AAGUCAGCAGGUUGGAAAACAGGAUAAGCUGUGAUCUGUUUGUGGGUGAGGCGCUGCGUUCGGUGCUUUUUGCACCACUUUAUGUCCGAUUGCACAUUUUUUUGUGUGCGUUUGCAGCGUUGUCGCGCGUUAUGUCGCGCGCCGUGAGCCAACGUCGCCACUUUAGAUGGGCGCGCUUCGACUGCGCAACGUUCAAAUGUGCGGAAAUCGCAGUGUUUCCACACGCCGUCGCCGCUGUGUGAGGAAAGUCGGUCAAGGGAAAAAGUUGUGGACGUGUUUUCCAGGAAAACGCGGCAGCAUUUCGCCUGAUACAAUGCGGAACAUUGUAACUACAGUGUAAAAGAGCAGUUGCAGCAGCACCUCCGGGGGCUUUCGAUGAUUUCACCCUUGUAGACUUCGCCAUAUUUGAGUACUGGGAAACUCCGGGGAGAAAGUUGUUUGGAGUUGUGACAUUUGUUGCGCACAAUCCCCUUAAUGGAUCUGCAUGACUUUGAUCGUAAGCAAAGUGAGUCAUUGGGGCUGGCCAUGGAGAAGCAACCGUCGUGUAUAUGAGGUGCGGCACACGAUAGAGGAUGGGCGUUGAACAUCAUUGGUAAUUCCGCCACAGCGUUUCCUUUUGGAUUUAUAGUCCCGGCUUCCACAAAAAGUCAACCACAGGAAGCAAAGACACGGUCUUUUUGCAUCACAAUGAGUCUUCCUCCUCAAAUUAACCCUGACAAGAGUGGCAAGCAUCGUGUGGCAGCCAUGAAGGAGCCUGUGCAGCAUUCAGGAGAGGUUUACUACGGACUGGGACCUCCAUCUUUGGAGUCAAGCCAGAGUGACUCAGCUGGCAGCUCUGGUGUUUAUAACACAGAGAAAGCGCCUCAGGUUCUACCGCCCUAUCAACAGGUUGCCCCUGUAAAGUGGCUGCACCAGGACUCCUUACAAGCCCCCACCGGCUGGUCUCAGGAAGCCCCCGUGCCUGCAUGGGGACAGAACUUUGGGCCCUACAUGGGCGGUGUGAACGCCCGCAAUCAGAUGGCGUUCCAUAAAGGAGUUCACGACCCUCUUCAGAUGGCGGGCGAAAAUCAACUGCAGCGGCCGGUUGAGGUGUACAGAGAUACCACCCGGGUUCCAGCCCAGGGGAGGGGGCUGGAGUGGGAGCAGCAUGCUGCGGCUGCAAUGCAUCAAGCCCAGCUGCAAGCGUACCAACAUGGCCACAAAGGUGUUGAGCUGCAGGGCCCGCCUCACAACGUGCAGGGCUCCAUGCUGCAGCCCUUCCAGACAACAUUCAGCAAGCAGCAGUUCUCGUCGGGAUACUACCCAGUUUUUCCCAGCAACAAGGGAAUGCAGGGGUUAUCUUACGGAGAACAGCCGAAAACACAACAACAACAACAACAGCAGCAGCAGCUGCUACACCAGAUGCAACAGCAACAAUUGCAGCAGCAGCAACAGUUACAGCAACAACAACAACUUCAGCUGCAGCAGCAACUUCAGCAGCAGCAGCAGAUGCAACAAAUGCAGCAGUUGCAGCAGCAGCAGUACCACCAGCAGCAACUACACGAGCGACAGCAACAAAUGCAGAAAAUGCAGCAAGCACAAAAUAUACCCCAGCAAGAGAUUCAACCCACAAAUUUCAACACUUAUCAACCUCCUGAACCAUGCCCACUUGACAAAAAGGACGCCGCACCAUCACUGGACGUCCAACCCGGGCAGCUAGUAGCUCUCGCCGAGCAAUACCCGGAAAGGGUCUCCAUGAACCCCGCCGAACCCGCCGACACAACGCUGGUCGCUCCGAGACGCUCACGCCGUCUCUCCAGAGAUGGACAAUCCCCGCUAGCCCCACCGUCUGCUGCACACAUGUGGGCUCAAGCCCCCAAAGAAGCCUCCCAGAAUGGAGUAGCAGGGGUGCAGGCGGCUGCGAGAGGAGGGGACGGCGGCCAGGUGGCAACCGGGGGAGUCAUCCAGAGCACCCGCAGGAGGAGGAGGGCGUCUAAGGAGAUCAACUUGGAGACUCUGGCUCAGAAGGCUUCAGAAAUGCCCUCGCUGCCCGAGUCCAUGUCAGCACUCAAAACAGAGCAGGGAGACGGUCCUCGAGGCAAACAUGCCAACAUGGUCCCUUUAGUCAUCCCCGUGUCGGUGCCAGUGCACAGGAGUCAAACGGCACCACAGGGCGCUUCCAUGCACGGACGAGUGGGCCAGAUGGAGCGGCCCGCGGUGCCGUCCGACUGCAAACCGUCUGUCAUCGUGGCUCGACGGAGAUCUCUCAGAAACUCGGUGACAGAGAGCUUUGAGCAGGACGGAGAAAACGAUCCAGGUGUAGACGAGGAGGGCAAAACCAAACAGAAACGUCGACCUCGGCCGGAACCCCUCAUCAUUCCUCCGCCCAGACCCUCCACCUUCAUCCCAGCAUCUGUUUACUCCAGCAUCACCGCCUACCAGAGCAAUCUACGCUCCCCCGUACGCAUGCCGGACAACCCGCUCGCUUUGCCUCCCUACACGCCCCCGCCCAUCCUAUCUCCUUUGCGAGAAGGCUCAGGACUCUACUUCUCCACUUUCCUCACCAACUUUGCCGUGAGCAACCAAAUCCUCCCCCCGCCAGCGACGCCCAAGACGGCCAACAGAAGCCUCCUGCGUUCCACAAGUUCAGACAUCACACCACCGGUUCUGCCAUUAAUCACCGACGCCACGCCUGUUAGCCUCGAACCGCGCAUCAACAUCGGGCAGCAGUACCAGGCGGAAAUUCCGGAGAUGCGGCACGAACACUCGGCGCAGUUGGAGCAGCACAAGGCUGACCUGGUUUGGCUUCCUUUGGGUGACACACAGCUUCAACACACCGAACCGGACAGUGUGGAGAACCUGAUGAACAUGGCAUGUUCCAGUGUGAUCAGCGGCGGAGGAACCAACCAGGAGCUGGUUCUGCAUUGUUUACAUGAAAGUGGAGGGAGUUUUCUUGAGACACUCAGACGUUUGCUGCUUCAGGAGCCAAUCUUCCCCAAAGGCCAUCACUUGGCAGGUUAUCACUACUCAGGCUCUGACAGUUGGAGUGUAGAAGAGAAGCACUACUUCAAUAAAGGGAUCUCUGCCUACAGGAAGGACUUUUUCUUGGUGCAGAAACUGGUGCAGACCAAGACUGUGUCUCAGUGUGUUGAAUUCUACUACACGUACAAGAAACAAGUGAAGAUCGCCCGCAAUGGGAUGUUAACCUUUGGCCCUUGCGACUCACCUGUGGAUAAAUACACAGAGGCUGUCGUGGACAAUAAGAGUUCCCAGCAGUCCAAACCGACUCAGGUGGAGGAGAAGAAGGAGAUGUCCUACGACCAGGAGAGCAAUCAGCAGGCCAUGGUGGCUCAGUCUCUACAAGCUCAUGACUAUGCAGGAACCGUGCUGGUGCUCAAAGAACCGGAGAAUGCCAUCAAGGAGGUUGCCUACGCAUCAACGACGCCACAAAGGCCUCGGACUGACGUGGCAGCAAAGAAGAGCAAAGCGCCCGUAAAGCCAACACAAGAUCCCGAUGCGGUAUUUCCAUGCAAGAAGUGUGGCAGGGUGUUUAACAAAGUGAAGAGUCGAAGCGCCCACAUGAAGAGUCACGCCGAGCAAGAAAAGAAGGCUGCGGCUCUUCGCCAGAGGGCGGCGGAGGAGCAGGCAGCAGCAGCGGCCGCCCGAGCCCGCAAGGAGGCCACACUGGCGGCGACGGCAGCGUCCCAUCAGGACGGAACAGAGAAUCAGGCAGAGAUGAGCAGCCAGGAAGACUCGACGGAGGGAGAGGACGACAACGACGAGGACUGGCACUGAGACAAAAACUGGUAAAGGGCUAAAAGGGAUGCAUGAGAAUGAUCAAAGAGAGGAAUAAGCACAAGAGAACCCUUUCAAGUGUUCCUGUGGGCCUCUCGCACUCAUUUCUUGGCUGAUGUCGCUGUUAAUAUUCAGCUUUAAAGUCCCGCAGUCAGGCCGGCACUCCACAUUUUUCACACAUUUGUAUCUUUUAAAAUAUUCAAGAGAACUUUAUUUUUUUCUAAAUGCACUUAUACGGUAUGCUUUUGCCAAUGUUGCCUUUUUAGAACCUUUAUUUAAUUGACUAGAUGUCAUUUUCAGUACGUUGACCUGCCUCUGGUGUUGGUGUUUCAUGAUCAGGUAGCCUGUUCAACAAUAAUUCGCACAGAACAAAAACAAAAAUUCACGGCUCAUUUAAAAAACCAAAAUGAGCACUUUUAUUCCAAAUAUGCUGGUGUGAAUGUUGUCGGGUUUGGUUGUGCACUUCUUUUGUACAGCCCUUAAAAUCGUUUGUACAAAAAAAAAAAAAAGUAUAUAAAAAAUGGUCAUAUUUAUGCAUUUUUCAGUGAUUUUGUUGCAAUCUGUUGCAAUAUAACUUGGAAUUGAAAUAAAAAAUUCUGUAAAUUAAAAAGUUCUGUAAAAAUGUGUCAUUAUUUUUCCAGGUGGUUAUAGUUGUACUUUAUAUCAAAUAAUACAUUUUUAAUGUUUUGCAAAAAUGUAAUAUUUCCAAGGUACCUAAAUGGUCAAAUGGGCAUGACCUUUGGCUUUUCAAAUGAAGAUGUUUUCUUAAUUUUUGUCUGAUUCAUUUUUACAUAUGGGUCAUUCUCCUGAAAGGGGUACCAAAAGUGUGACAUAGCAAACAAAAAAUAAAGUUGAUAUUAUCUACGCAGUUUGCAUAUGAAAAGAUCACUUCUUCUGUUUCACUCUAUGAAGGAAAAACCUGCAAGAAAAUAUCACAUUUUGGUAUAUUUGAUGACAACAGGGCACGGUUUACUCAAGUCUCAAUUGAAACAUUUACAUUUAAAUGCUCUCAUUUCUUUACUUAUUUUUUAUGAAUGCCUUAUUUUUUGAUGAAUGCAUGAUUUG